AUGUGGGUUGUGCUCAAGUUUGGAGGGACAAGUGUGUCAACGGCGCCGCGGUGGCAGCGCAUCUGCAGCCAAGUGGCGAAGGUCCUUGAAGAAAAGAACCAUCCACGCGUCUGGGUCGUCAUCAGUGCACUAACCCAAGUCACGAACCGACUUACCCAGGCAGUUGCCGACGCGAUAUCUGGGAUCAAUCACUUGAAGAGUUACUUGGAGAUUUUUGACCAACACAUCGCUCUUGCCCUGGAACACAACUUAAUCUUGGCCGAUGAAGCCGCCACCCUUCUCGAGGACGAACAUGCCAAUCGUCCACGGCCAGCGGACAAGACACCCGCAGUCCUUGCCCCGUUGCUAGUUGAGUUCCAGAACGUUCGACGGGUGCUAGAUGGAAUUCGUUUGACCGAAGAAGCGUCGCCUCGAUUGCGCGCGCGCAUGUUGGCGUUUGGCGAGUUGCUCUCGACACACCUCGGGCUCGAGAUCAUGAAGCAAGCGGGCCUCGACCGUGUAGUUCGCGUGGACGCCCGCCAUCUGCUUCUGAGCGACGCAACCGCUUCGACGUCCGACAUGGAUCGGUACUUGGAAGCUAAUGUGCAGCCGUCCGUCGACUCGGAAGGGCGCUUGGACAACGCAUCUGCGGGGGCUACCGUCGUCCUGACACAGGGCUUUAUCGCGGGAGUCGUGGCCCAUACGGGCAAGUCUGACACGAUUGAAACAUGCGUGCUGGGCCGUGGCGGCAGCGACACGUCCGGCGCUCUCUUCGCCGCCAUGUUGCAAGCCACUCGGUAUGAGAUAUGGACCGACGUCCACGGCAUGUACACGAGCGAUCCGCGACACGUUCCCCACGCUCGGUUGCUGCGCAAGUUGGACUACCGCGAAGCCCAAGAACUGGCAGCGAUGGGGGCCAAGGUACUACACCCACGAUGCAUUGGGCCAGCGCAUUGGGCCAACGUCCCCGUCGAAAUUCGCAACACAAACGACCCGGAAGGCGAAAAGACUGUCAUCGGGCACAUGAAAGACUCGGGCAGUUCUAAGAUCAUGGCGGUGGUCCGCCGAACCAACAUGACGCUGGUCACGAUCACAGCGUACGGCAUGUGUGGCACGUCCGGGUUCCUGUCCAAAGUGUUUUUGCCGUUUGAAAAACUCGGGAUCUCGGUCGACUUGAUUGCAACAUCUCAGUUUUCCGUGAGUGCCACGUUGGACCACAUUCCCGGCGGCGUCCAAGGCACAUCGUUUGGACUGCUUUUGCUGGCUCUGGAGCGCCUCGGAACUGUCGCGGUCGUGCCAUCAUGCGCGACCGUAUCGAUUGUCGGGCGUCACCUCCGCACGUCGUUGGGCGAACUCGGUCACUUAUUUGAGCUGCUGGAAGGAACGGAGGUACUUCUCCUGAGUGAAUCCGCCGAGGACUUAAACUUGUCGUUCGUGGUGCGUGACUCGGACGCCGACGGCCUUGUCCACCGCAUGCAUGCCGCGCUGUUCCCGCCACCGGACGACGACGCGUCGUUCAAGUCGCCCAUGCGCCGUUCCAUUUCACGCGACGAUUUGCUCGGGUCAUCGUGGGCGGAUUUGCGCACGCCGUCGCAGCCCAUGACAAACCUGCUCCUCUAA